UUUACCUUUACUAUUACGCUGUAAAUUCAUGGCAGAUAGAAUGAUAAAUCGAGGAAUUUUGAUGGAGGAAAAGGAUUUAUAUCGCUUUAUGGUAGGCUAAUCGUUAUUGAAACUAUUGCGAGGAAGGCUUUUAUUUGUGAUGAUAUAAAAGAAUUGUGUGAAAAGAAGAGUUGGAAUGUCUUCCCAUAAUCCCUCAGCCCCACCUGGUGCGGGGUCAGGAUCAGCACCAUCUCCAUCUCUGCUGGCUGCCAGCUCUUUUAAUGGCACUGAAGGGGUUGUGAGUUUUCCAUGGAGACGAGAGCCGUCUCAGGACGUUGUGUCUGCGGGGAUCAGCCGAGAUGCCAAGGCUGGCGAGUAUAUCCUGCAGAAUCUCUUUGUGGAGUUUUGUCGCAUCACUGAACGGAGGAUUGAGCUGGUCUUGUCAGAGCCCUUGGAGAGGCCACUUUCUAAAUCAUUACAGAGGGGUGAAGAUGUCCAGUUUGAUCAGGUGCUGAGUGCGUUAGGCAACGUGGCGGAACACUGCCUGCCCUCCAUCCUCAAGACACUGUUUGCCUGGUACCAGCGACAGAUGAAAGAUGACAGUCCUUUUUUGGACUCUCGUCAGAGACAUCGUAGUAAAGGGAGCAAGGACUAUCUUUGUGAGAGGAGAGAUCUCGCUGUUGAGUUUGUGUACUGUCUGGUGCUCAUUGAGGUGCUAUCUAAGCUGUCAUAUCACCCUGGCCACGAGGACAUGGUGGGCUACAUCAUUGACCAGUGUUUCCGACACUUCAAAUACAGGGAUGGAUCUGUGUUCCUGGCUGUUCGUAAAAAGUUCAUGAAUGAGCUGAAGGAGCUGAAGCUGCGCGACCAGACGCCGUAUACAGCACAGAGCAUCAUCAGCCUGCUCAUGGGACUCAAGUUCUUCAGGGUCAAGAUGCACCCCAUCGAGGAGUUUGAAUUGUGUGUCCAGCUUCUGCUGGAACUGGGUCACUACUUCCUGGAGGUCAAGGACAGGGACAUUAAACAUGCGCUGGCUGGUCUCUUUGUGGAGAUUCUGCUUCCUGUGGCUGCUACUGUGAAAAACGAGGUGAACAUCCCAGUCCUGAAGAAACUGGUGGAGGAUUUGUACACAGUCACAGUGGAUAUGGCUACAAAGCGCAAACACACACUGCAUCUGUUCCCCCUGGUGACGUGCCUGCUGUGUGUCAGUCAGAAGCAGUUCUUCCUCAACAACUGGCACUACUUCCUGUCCAUGUGCCUGUCGCAGCUCAAGAACCGUGACGUGAAGAUGUCACGUGUGGCCCUCGAGUCUCUCUACCGUCUCUUGUGGGUGUACAUGGUGCGCAUCAAGUGUGAGAGCAACACGGCCACCCAGAGCAGGCUACAGAGCAUCGUGAACAGUCUGUUCCCCAAGGGCUCCAAAUUGGUCACACCCAAGGACAUGCCCCUCAACAUCUUUGUCAAAAUCAUACAGUUCAUUGCCAAGGAACGGCUGGACUUUGCCAUCAAGGACAUCAUCUUUGACCUCUUGUGUGUGGGCAGAAAUAACAAGUUCCUUACACCAGAGAGAAUGAGCAUCGGUCUGAGGGCAUUCCUUGUGAUAGCUGACAGUCUCCAGCAGAAGGACGGGGACCCACCCAUGCCGCAGUCCUCUUCCUGUCUGCCUUCUGGAAGCACGGUGAGAGUGAAGAAGACGUUUCUCAACAAGAUGCUGUCAGACAUCAGUGCAAAGUCCAUCGGUCUAGCUCCGUACUACCCGUACAUCCUCAAGACGUUUGACUCCAUCCUACGGGCCCUGGACCUACAGGUUGGCCGCUCACUGCUCAUGACCAAGUCGGAGAAUGCGAACAAGGAGCCUGAGGAGAUGAUCACAAAUGAUCGCAAGCCAAAGCUUGACCUCUUCCGCACAUGCAUCGCAGCCAUUCCCCGCCUGAUCCCGGACGGGAUGACGUCACAGGAGCUGGUUGAGUUGAUUACUAGGCUGACUGUGCAUGUGGAUGAGGAGCUCAAAGUGCUGGCUGUUCAAGCUCUGCAGAAUCUCAUGUCGGAGUCUGUCGCAUGGCGGGACCAUGUUGUUCACGGUUUUGUCCAGUUUAUCCAGAAGGACAUCAGCGACACCAAGCCAGCCCUACUGGACAACACACUGCGCCUGCUGUCCCAGCUCCUGGUUCAGUGGAAGUCAACGCUCACCCCGGCCAACAAUAGUCAGCCCACUCCCAAGGACUCUGCAAUGUCCGUGGCUCAUGUGGAGGUACUCCAUGAAGUGGAGGGUCUGUGCCUGGUCAUGAUGUGCAGUUGCCGUGUGGUCACCCGAAAACUGGCUGUCCACUUGCUGAAGGAGGUCCGAAACAUCUUCAACAUGUACUCUGAACACCAGGUGUGUAGUGCUAGUCUGCUGGAGGUCAUCGACAAAGCCUGUCCUGCUGUGAUGGAGAAGCUCAUGCCCCUCUUGCCCUCCUCCGAGAAGCCCAUCCUGUUGACCCUCCCGUCCAUGGACCUGGCCUGGGUGACUGACCGUGCAGUGACUUUGUGGCUGCCCGCUGGAGGUGGCAGCAUGCAGGACGGACACCAGAUCAACUACAGUUUCCACCGGGUGGACAUGUGGAUACGGUGUAUAGCUGAGUUCGCAUCCACUGAGCAUGCUCAAACACUGUGUCCACGAGCAGUUGCACAUGCUUGGCCUAUUGUGUACACACGGCUUAACGCAUUGUUUCCUCUUGUGGAUCCCAGUGCUCAGACAGAGCAGACGCGAGCUUCGUCCAUCCUGCGGUCAGCUGGCAGCAAGAAGGGCACGUCGGAGAAGGACGUACACAUGCAGCUGUGGCAGAACUACGUGAUCAUGGCCUGCACUGUGGCCAUGCACAGUAACUGUCUCCUGCACCGCUGCUCCUCCCCAGAGCUUGGGGCGGCAUCCUCCCCUGAGUCGGACAAAGCGCUAACCGUCCAGGCGUGCACGGCCACCAACCUGUUUCAGCGUCUGGUCCCACUCAUGAGGUGUGACAGUUCUGACAUGAGGGACACCAUUGUCAAUGGGCUUGGAUACUGCAACCCUGGCGUUUUCAAAGAGUUGGCGGAAGAACUGCUUCCGUUCCUGAAGGAAGCCAUCGACAAGAAACAGGACAACCUGAGACGUAGGAGGAAGAGGGACAUCCUGAGGGUGCAGCUGGCUCACAUCUUUGAGCUGAUGGCAGAGAACAAGGCUUUUGCUCAGAGUGAGUCUGGUGUGAUCGACAUGGAGACGGGCUCCCUGAGCUCCAUGUUUGUGGACUAUAUUGACGGGGCUCGCCAGUACCUGGAAGGGGAGAACGACCGUGACCUCCCCAUCCUGCAGGAGAUCCGACUCCACUUCAGCGGCUUUGUGCAGCACCUCAUCUGUAACACGCCCAUGGAAUACAGGAAGAAGCUACUGUCAAGGGACUUACGUUACAGUCUCUUCCAUCUGUUUGCAAACUGGAGCGGUCAUUUUAACCUCACCUUUGGCUCAGGAGAUAAACGCCACAACAAAGAGGAGCCCUGGAGUGAGCAGGAGUUGUCAGCUGCCCGGGCCAUGUCGGCCGUGCUGUGCUGUGGGAAAGUGUUUGACGCUAACGGCCUCAACGAUGAUGGAUAUAUCUACCACUGGCUGGACACUCUGCUCAGUUCUCAUGAUGACAAGAUGAGACCGAAGAUCUACGAGCUGGCCAAGGAGACGGUCUUCCUACUGCUGGACUUCAACUCUGAGGCCCAGGCCCUGCUGGACUGGGUCAUUGACCGCUGUUACACGGGUCAGAAUGAGGUGGCUGACGGUUGCUUCAACGCUCUGGCUGCUGUGUUCCAGACCAGAGAGUACCCGUGUGACCACGUGGCCAUGCUCAACCUGUCUGUGCUCAAUGUGGGCAGCCCGCGCAUCUCCACCCACGAGACGGCGGUACAGCUGCUGCAUCUGCUGGAUCUUAGGUUUUUUCAAGAAGCUCCAGUGUUCCGUGAAACGCCUGGAGAGUGCGGAGGUCACCCGAUGACCCCUCUCAACGACAUUCUGCUCUCCGUGUCCUACUGCAACUCACAGAUCUUUGUCUCAGAUCAACUGGCCCGCAUACACACGGACCUCACCAUGCCAAUGUUCUCUGAGAUCACUCAAAGGUUCCAGACAGCCCGACCUUCUGUUCGGCAGACGCUGCUGAAGUACCUGUUGCCAUGGUUACACAACAUGGAGCUGGUGGACCCCUCACUGCCCCAGAACUCCCCACUGGCGUCGUUCCUCACGCGACUAACGGACGCACAGACGGACGUGUUUGUGCCGCCACUCAAGGGAGAGGGCUGGGGCUCCACACAGGCCACAGAGAUGGUGUUGAACAACUUGUUCUACAUCACUGUCAAUUUUGGCGAUGAGCACCCGCUGGAAAUCGAGGCUCUGUGGGCUGCGCUGGUCUCCUGCUGGCCUUUCAACCUGAAGGUCAUCAUCCGCUACCUGGUGAUCAUCACCAACAUCGCAGCCGUCGACCUCUUGCCAUAUGCCAAACGUGUGGUCACCUACUUGGGCAGAGCUAAACCAGAGAAACUGGUGGAUGAGCUCAUGAAUGAGCUGCAGACGGUGGAGACUCUGAACGUGAACAUUGAGCGCACCCAGACACCGCCGUUUUACAGACUGUGCAGCAUCAAGAAGCCGACAUCGGCGCCUAGUGCAGCAGACGAUGAGAAGACGGUCAGUCCCGUGCCGGACUACCAGCUUGAGAAGGGAAUUCUGCACACCAAGAGGCACAGUGCUAAUGAGGAGGUGCAGCACGAGAGCACCCCCAGGACAAACUCCACAGCAUCCCUGAAGAGCAUUACAAGCAACAGUACAGAAUCAACUGCAGAACAGAUGGUCUUAGAUGAGGAUGUGAUUGGUCCAGCCCAAGCCCGGUGCAGCAGUGUGGAGAUGAGACGCAGUGAGUCGCCUGCCCCUUACCCACUGCCCAUGCCGGCGUAUGGAGGCUACUUCGCCCCGCUCAACGAAUGUUUGCCGGAGAACUUCUCACCUACACCAGGUUUUCAUAGGAGCAACAUUGCAGUGAUGUUCCUGUGUGACCUGGUUUUGGACGGCCUGGAGGUGGACUGGUCACCUCACCUGCCUCUCAUGUUGCAUGUCAUCUUUCUAGGCCUGGACCACUCAAGGGCACUUGUCUACGAACACUGCAAGAAACUGCUGCAGAAUCUUCUGCUGUUAGCCUCCUCCCAAGAGCAAGUGUCGGCCGCCACUUCAAGACUGCUGUUGGCCUUCCGCAGCUCUGUGGCUGACACGCUGAAGGUCAUCUCUGAGGACAGGGAUGCGCAGCUUACGUUAGAAACCCCGUCGCGUGACCCCCACAUCCAGUACAUCACCAAGUCCACGUUCAGCAUUGACAGCAGUGCCACGAUGACGCCUGACUCCACGACUGAGUACACCGACCCGGAGAUGUUGAGCACCGUCGAUGAUGUCAUCAAGGCCAUGCUUAGCUUCAUGGAGUCCAGAAAAGGUCGGCCUCUGUGGAGCUCGGAGGACAUCACGCCCAAGAUGCUGAGCACACAAAGCGCUACACACCUCAGCUACUUCCUCAAGUACACAGUGCGCUGCUUCAAGGAGUUGUCCCCCCUAGCCCUAGUGGAACAGCGCUGGUCCCAAGUCUCUCUACAGCUGGCUCUGUCGUGUUCCUCACGUCAUUAUGCUGGGAGAUCUUUUCAGAUUCUGAGAGCCCUACAGAUUCGUCCAUCCACUCAGAUGUUGUCGGACAUUUUGUCUCGUUUGGUAGAGACCGUCGCAGAGCAAGGGGAGGAUAUGCAGGGUUACGUCACAGAGAUGAUGCUGACUCUUGAGGCAUCCAUCGACAACCUUGACCUAGAGUUCCGACCAAUUGACUUCAUGCGAGAGCUCUUCAUGUCCACUCCCAAUCUGGCCAAAGACGCUACAGACUCGCGCCGCAGCGCCAUCACCGCGCCCAGACAGGUGCAUCCACACCAUGCCCGCAGCACCAGCUACACAGUAUCAGCGUACACGCAGAGAGCCUAUGCUGGGGGAGGUGACGGAAGAAUCCGCAGCUGCACGGAGGUUGAGAGUCGCAAGUCCAACCUGGGCCGCUCCCGGUCGGCGCAGUCGCUGAAAAAUCUGGACCAGACGGGUGCGGAGGACAAACUGACUCUGGUCACUCAGAUGUUCUGGAUGACUGUGUCGUUGCUGGAGUCCGAUUAUGAGUACGAGUUUUCUCUGGCCGUGAAGCUUUUGGACAAGAUCCUGUGCCACCUUCAGCCUGAACGGCCUGAGUGUCGUGACAAACUGGACAAAAUUCUCAACCAGAUCAAAUGGCCUAACUUCCCUGGGGUUUACAUCCUAUUGCUGAAGGGCUGCACAUCCCCUAUGGCUUCCGAGUCUACCUGGGCCCUGUUGUCUAAGAUCAUCCUGUGUGUCAACUCCCCUGUCAUCGACCCCUCCACCAGCUGGGGUUUCCCAAUGGUGACGAUAGCCCUUCUGCCCUACCUGGUGCAAAACUACGAGAACCCCAGUCAGAUUUGCCGGGACACAGCAGACAGAGUGGCCCAGGUGUGUAACCACCAAGGUGACCGGUUGUCCAACCUGGCCACGGUGAUGUCCCUGUACAGCCGCGGUACGUUCGGCAAGGACAGCUUCCAGUGGACUAAGUGUGUGGUCAAGUACCUGCUGGACGAGUACGCCCCCAGCGCCGUCAGUAUGGUCUCUUUUCUCGUAGAGGUCCUGGAGAAGGGUCAGCCUAGCUACCAGCAGUCUUGUCUACAGAUUCUGUACUGUAUGGUCCACUAUCUGGACGUUCAGAGCGCCACCAGCACAGUGGUCAACCAGGAGCUGUUUCAUGCUGUCAGCAAGUAUCUACAGAGCCACCACUGGCGUGAGGCGCUGAAGAUUGUGAAGCUGGCGGUGACUCGGUCAUCCACCCUGGCUGCCCCUCCCCCCUCCUCGGGCGCCACCACUUCCUCCAGCGAGCUGACCAUGUUCUCUCACUCAGCGCUCACGUCUUUUGCUGAGGCCGAGAGUCUCACGAAGUUUAGCAAAGAGUUGCCUGGUCGUACACUGGACUUCACUAUUGACCUGUCCAAAGUCCCGAUUAUUGGCCGCAAGUUUAUUUCCCCUGAGACAAACAAGCCAUCCGCAGCCGAAGAGAAGGAGAGGGCUACGUCUUCGUCCAUCAGCGGCUCUGCUGUCUCGUUGUCACGGAAACCGUCUAACAACCAAGACCUGGACUCUGUGUGGCGUAGACCACAGGCCUCACAGGCUCGUACUCGGGAGAGGCUGGUGAACUUGUUGACCUGCUUUGGCCAGAGAGUUGGACUGCCCAAGAGUCCAUCUGUUAUCUUCAGCCAGUCGAGUGACACGCUGGAUCACCAGGCGAGUGUGGGAGGAUCUAGUGGGGAGGAGACAUCGCUGCCGGAGGCCUCAUCCAACGACACCCUGCUGGGCAAUGAAAGCAGCGGUAACGAGCUGAUGGUGACCUUCAAGGGAUUCGACUUCCUGGACAAUGAGCUGGAGGAGUCGGAGUCUGAGGAUUUCUUCUUCCAACUGGGCGACCGCCGUCACUCCCUCCAUUUGGAGCAUUCUCCAACCUCCUCUGGACGUCCAAACUUUGGCAGCGAACCAAACCUGCAGAUGAUGUCCACUCUGCCAAAGGUUGUAGGGUCACCACGGGACAGCGUCACGGAGCAGCCCUCAACAGAUGAGGAGUCGGAGAGUUCAGAGCAAGAGACCAGUGGAGCGACGGCAACCUCUGACCCCGCCGUGGGCUCGACCUCCAUCCAAGUCAACAGCUCAGCCCUGGGACGUCUCCGCUCUAGCCCACUGACUGCAUCCACCCAAAGCCUGUCAAGCAACACCCCAAGCGAGAGUGACACGGUGGACCUCAAUUCCUCCCAAGCCUCCCCUGCCCUCUCCCAGCUGUCCGCAGCCCUCCUCACUCUCCCUGCAGAUGAGGUGGAGGAGGUGUGGAGGGCCCAUGUGGUCAAGGUCAUGGCUGAGUGCUCGCUCACACACGUCGGAAAGACUUGUCAGAUCUUCCCAAGGCUCUUCCGGGAACUGCGCAAGCGUUUGACCACAAUGACCAAAGAGGCAUGUUACUACAUCUCAAAGUCAGAGAGCCUGAAAAAUGUCACGUCCCAGAUCUUGCAAGUUUUGGACCUAGUUCACCAGCAGUUGGAGUGUCCGUUCCUCUACUCUGAGUCAGAUUCGCUCCUGGGGUCUCGCCUGCUGGACCGUCACCGGUUCUGUGUGCUGGAGAUACAGGAGUGUUUUGAGACGUACUCGCUGAGGAAGGACCAGGCAGAGCAGAGUCUGGAGAGUCUCAAGUCCUCCAUCAAGCAGCAGUCGCUCGGGGAUGGAGGAUCCUUCAUCUUCUGCGGAGAGGAGCAGCAAGUGGAGCUGUGUCACCGCCUGUACAAGCUCCUGUUCCAGCUGGUCCUGCUGUUUGAGUCCUACCUCAAGCUUCUGGACGCUUUCCACCUGGUCACAGCCUCCCCACAGGUGAAUGACAUGUCUGGCCAGGUCAUCUCGGUGCGUAAAGAGCUGGUCCUGGCUCUGGAGGAGCUGGACAAUGGUCAAGCCUCACCGUUCAAUGUGGACACCAAGGUGGUCAGUAAGCAGGAGGCUGUGGCUGCCCUGGCUGAAUAUCUGACUGGUGGCCAGUACCUGAGGGCCAUACAGAUACUGAGAUGUUUUAGGUGUGUUUGCGCUGACUAAAACCAGCCUGGAGUUGACUCCGCUGUAUGGUCAGCUGAUGGACAUCAAUGUGAGCCUGAACAGCUCCUCACCCCCUGGCUCAACAUCUGCAUCUCUGACCUCAGCUGCAGCCGCAGCAGCUGUUCCGAGCUCUUCCUCUGGCCCGCCAUCAGCUCCCACACAGACGGGAGGUCGCGAUAGCCGUGGUAGCUUCAGCAGUGGGGGUGGUGGGGGGGACGGUGGAGGGAUCUCCCCAGCCAGACUGGAGGUCCUGCUGCGGUCGUCUGACUCCAGCAUCUUAUGACUAUAGGAGAAGAACACACCUCGGAGCCCCAGGCUGGCGCCGUACUAACGCGAGACUGUCAUGGACUGGACCAGACUGGCACAGACUCUGACGGGCGUCGGUUUUGUAGAGUGCGACAGGCAGCAUGUGUGUAUGUACUGAAUGUGUCAGUUGUUGUAUGAAGGGGUUGAUGCCACCUGCACAUGAUGGGGGGGCACAUACUCUCACACACAUACACACACCGCAUACACAUACGCUCACACAUGCAUAAUGUACACCACACACAUUAUGUUGUCACAUACAUACAUAUAUACUUGCAAACGUACACACAUGCCCAUACUAAGAUAUAUGCCCAUUCACACUCUCUCACACACACACACUCACAGAAGCAUACAUGCUCACGCACAUAAUAUGUGCAAACAUGUACACGCACGCCCACACAAACCUGCUAGUCCGUACACACUUGCACUCACUCACAGAAGAUUAUGUGCUCACACAUACAGACAUACACGAUAGCAUACACAGACGCAUGCAUACACCACUAGCCACUCUCUGUCAGUGCACAACAAAGGGGCACUCAUUCUGAGAUGUGUUCUUGAUUUUGUCACAAACAUCGUCACUUUGUCUUGAGCACUGACCAUAUAACUCGGGACUGGCUAAUUGUCCCUUCACUUCAGAUCUUGUUUCAUCAGUGUUAUUCCACAAUCACCCCAAUCAGUUUCUGAGAAUUUCUAGAUACAACAAUUAUUUGAAAUAAGAUAUUAAGGGCCAUCUUACAGUGUAGAUUCAUUUUGUUUGAAAUAUUUCCUUUUCUAGUUUUUAGUUUUAAAAUGUUAAAGGACAAAGUCAUGGUUCUGAUUUUGGGCACUCUGCCUUUCAUGAAUUUUCUCAGUUACUGGGGAAAGUCUGUAGAUGCAUUGUUAGCUCUGUUAGCGUCACUCUCAGCUAAGAUGAUGAUGACCCUGGUUCGAAUCCCAAUGGGACAUUCUUGCGUUUGGGUUGUUUGGGCAGCUUUUUCAUCGAGGCUCUCUGCCUAUUUUGCUCAGUCGUACUGAGUGGGACUUGGGAGUUCAGAGGUCCCACCUCAUGAGAAACUUGUGCAGUAGUGAAAGGAACAUUCUGCUCAUAGAAAUACCAGUUUGCUUUGAAGUCUGUGAUUUAGAUGGUGAGUGCUCAAGUCCGCUGACAUGUUUGUAAAGGGCUGGAAUCUCAUACUGCAUUUUGUGAACACCUUUUUGUUGACAACAGGCUGCAGAUCUUAAUUUAAUGAAAUAUUAUGUGAGAAGUUUCAUGCUCAAUGUUUCUAAAACUUUAUGUUUUUGAAUGGCUGAAUUUGAAAAGGAAGGAUUUUGUUUUCAGAAGAGAAUGUAUGCACUUUUGUAAGUGUAGAAAGAGAGAAAAUGAUUGUGAUGACUUUAAAGUUAACUACUCUUUUAAAGAAAGACUGCUUGUGUUGACAGGUUCAAGAAGUGGUCCCAAAGAGAGAAUGUAUUCAUUCUACUGUGACUGUGACCAUCAGAUGUCACCGUUGUGAUUAUUUUCAAGAUGUGAUGUCCCUCUUUCAUAUGUGGGAGGGUGUGAUGUCUCUUGUAUGAUUUGUGUGACCAUGGCCUGUUUUAUUAUUAUUUUUAAAACAUUGUGUGACCAUAUUGUCCCUGUCAUGAUUUACAACUAAGAGAUGUCCCAGAUACUAAGGGAUGUCCCCAUCAUGAUUGUCCACUAACAGUUGUCCUUGUCAUGAUUUGUGUCUAAAACUAAAAGAUGUCCCCAUCAUGAUUGUCUACUAACAGAUGUCCCCACUAACAGAUGUCCCCAUCAUAAUUUGUGACUAACAGAUGUCCCCAUCUUGGCCUGUCAUGAUUUGUGACUAUGAGAUGUCCUCUUUCUGAUUUGUUAUUUUGAGAUGUUUCCUUUUAUGAUUUAUGUGAAAACAAGAUGUCGCAGACAUUAUUUGUGAUCACUUGGUGCUAGAUGAUAAAAGUGAGUUUUCUAUUAACUUUUUGAGGUUUAUUAACCCUUAGAGCGCUGACUUCUUUCCCCUUAUAUUUUCCCUCUGUGCUGAAUUUAUUUAGGAAAAACGCAAGAUUAGCACAUACGCUUUUUUUUUGGUAAUAACUUUUUUAUUUGUCAAAAUUUCUAAUGAAAGUAAGAAUAGAUUUUAGAAUAUUGAAAGUUUUUUACGAAUAUGUGAAGCAAAAAGUAUUUUGUUAAGUUAUUGUUGUAGUAGUGGUGUUGGAAAUGACUGAAUAAAAACUGCCGGUUCAUUAGUUCUCUAGAUCUAGACCUGAGUCUAGAUGCUUCGUAGGCCUACGUUAUAUUCCACAAAGUGUUAGCUCUAGCAUCAAAACCCUCGAAAUCAUCUUCCGAUUCAAGGAAAAUACGCGGAACAUCUUCAUCUGAAUCUGAUGGGACUCUAUUUUCAUGUUCGUCGCGGGUCGCAAUCGCGAAUUUUCCAACUUCGCUGUCACUCGACUUCAACGUAAAACAAAAGACUCCUCAUGUCUCGAUUGAACCCCGUGACAAGAAAAAUGGCGGGCGAAAUCAAUUCCGCAUGACCUACCAGCCAGCAGUAUAAAAAUUAGUACUUUAUUCUUGUCGUAUAUCGCGUUAUACUAUGCCAAUGUCUAUCGCGGUCGCAGUCAGCACUUUACGGAAGUUCGGGCCGUCGCUCAGCACUCUAAGGGUUAAUUUUGUUUUGGACAAAAGACUCUUUGGAUCAAAGUGUCACCUGCAGUUGCCAUUUCCCCAACUCUGUCGCACUUGAGCUGAUUAGUGUCAGCAUUUAUUCCCUCUGUGAACUCUACCACUUUUAUCUGUGUAUUGCGUUUUCCGAAAAUAUGUGUGUGUGUGUUUGAACAGGAAAGAGUUAAAGACCCGUAGAAUCUAUUCCGGUAUGGAGGGACACUGUGUACCCAAGCGGGUGAUUGCGAGGAUGUAUUUCUGUGACCAAGGGUGAUUUAACUCGAGAAUUAUAUCUACUCAUUGUAAGUUUUCCGUCUUUUUUUUUUUGCUGUGAUUUUCUUUUCUUCUACAUUUCCUUUUGUCAGUUGUAGAUUCUUUUAACAGCAUCACAUCUGAUUUUUUAAAGAAAAUAACCUAUUUUUUGUCACCUAUUUUUCCCUCAUCUAUCAGGUAGUCAGGCGCCAUUUUAAAAUAUUUAUUUGUACAUAAAGCUCUUUCCUGGAACUUGCAAACCACUCUUAAAUACCUGUGUCUGUCAUUUCUUUUAAAACUUAUUUUCAUGUGUUCUUGUUCCACCUUUUCUGUUAAUGUAUUUCUCUUUUUCAGAAAGUGGGACAAACGUAUCUCAAGUGCUUUACAAAUGUCUUGCUUUAACUUAUUAAAAUUUCAUCUUUGAUUCUUUCUCUUCAUACAUGAUAAUAUGCCAAAAGUAUUUGUCUCAUCCACGCUCAUGAAUUCCAAAUGUUUCCAUUUCUAUGCUCUAUAAUUCUUCGUAAGGAGCCCAGGGCACAGAGGGAAUGAAUGAACUGUUCUGUCCAGCACAUGUGUCAUGUGAUGUCGGCAGAUGUCUGCUAGUUCGCCAGUCUCACGUCCGAGGCCACCUCUUAUGUAUCGUUCAUAGCUAGCAUAACAUACAUAAUACAUUCAGUCAGACAUGCUCUCACAUACACACAUGCUCUCACACACAUAGGCUCACAAAUAUGAAUGUAUAUGAUGACCUCUCUCUCUCUCUCUCUCUCUCUCUCUCUCUCUCUCCCUCUCCCUCCCUCCCUCCCUCCCUCCUUCCCUCCCUCUCUCUUGUACUAACACCUUCACGCAUAUGUAUGUACACUCUCACGCAUGGUUAUUCACAGGAUCUGGUUGAUUGACAUUCCUAAUUCCUGUUCUCGAAAUUCUGUGGGUUCUCCUGAUGACAGUAAAAACAUCCUGAAGAUAAAUUAACAAAGAACAACUGCUUUAUUUUUGUACUUGAAAUAUUUCCAAUUCACGAUGGUUUUUUGACAAUGAGUUCUCUCCCAUGCAAGCUAUUUCCCCAUUACUUUUGUCACUUCCUCUCUGUUUUCUGGAAUGCGCACUACAUUGUUCUAUAGCCAAGUAGCCAAGGUCAUGUUUUACUAGGCUACAGAAUAGAGACUUUGAACAAAUCUGUUCUUACUUUUUAACAUAUUUGCUUGUGAUUCACUUUAAACGAAUUUGCAUGUGAUUUACAUAAUCGACUGCCACUGCCACUGUCCAGGGACCAUGGGCUUCUGAUUUUUUUGGUCAGGUCAGCAUGAAUGAGGUCACAUACAAUUGUUACAACAUUAGAAAAAUAAUUACUAAUAGAAGGGGUUAGAGAAAAAAAGGUUCAGAGCGCAUUAUGCUAAAAGUAGAGUUCUUUAUAUAUGGUAACAUUUGUUAGGGAGACAACGUAACAUAAGAGUCGAAUAAAAUGACGUAAUGGCUUUAAAUCAGAGUUAUAGCCUUAUCAAAUUACCCAAACUCAGUAGUAUAUCAUCCGUUAGUCCAGCUGUUUGUUGCAGAUUUCUUGUGACUAAGAUCCUUUAUUUUGUCUUACCUCUUCAAUUGUUGUACCUGUAAAUGCUUCUGUCAGAGGUUUUGUGAAUGUAGUAGAGCAAAUGUAUCGUGUGAUUAUGUCUGAGAAUUUUCAGCUGGGACUGGUGACCAUGCAGUGAGAUGAUGUGACCUUCUUUCUUUUGACUCUCAUUUUUUAGAAUACAUUUUUUUACUGUGUGUCCUUGGGAGUGUCUUGCUAUGCUCACAGCGGUGACAUUAGCCUAGUUUUAGACAACACCAUGGAACUUUUUAUAUUCAAAUGCAUGAGGAAACUUGUUUCAUUUCUUUUGAUUAUCUUUUAAAUUGCUUCAUAAGUUUUUUGUAUCUUUUCUGUUAAUGAAUUCCUAUAAUUUUGUAUUAUUUUGUACAGGGCUGCUGCUUCACUCUAACAAAUAGGUUGUGUUGUGAUUUUCACUGAUCCUAGUCAUACUAACUGGCAUUAUUUCUUGUGUUUCAUGUUGGCAUUUAUAUAGAUAUGCUUUUGUACAAUGAAGUCUAGGAGAAAAGGAUUCAUGGUUUUUAAAGGCUUAAUCCUGAGACUGUUUGAGUCUUACUGAAAGAAAAACAACAAAAACAACUGAUGACCUAGAUGUAUCAUGAAAACGGAUUAAAACAGUUUUUGGUUCAGGUGUUCAAAGGGAAAUUGUUGUUGUUUGAUGACAUGAAUAAGGUCAUAAAGUUGAGGGUCUGCAGUCAUCUGAGUUGGUAUCAUUUAGUGUGUAUGACCCUGAUUCAAAUCUUCAGUGGGGCACUCUUGGACUUGGUUCGUUCAGGGUGUUUUUAAAGCUGUCCAUGUGCUUAUGUCAGUCCUAGUGCAAAUGAAUAUUAAACUCUGAGAUAUCACCCUUUAACCCUAUCCGUACGACAUGUUUUACUAUCGUAUCCAUAUGACGUGGGGAACUCUGUGCCUCCACUUUCCAAAGUGGAAAUUUACUCGUUAAUCCGAUCCGUAUGCUUUGAAAAAAAGUCAGUGAAAAUGAUUUUUUUGAGAAAUACUGAAAUUAAAAAAAAAUAAUGUUAAAAAUACAACCGCGGGUCUACAAAAAGACCUCAGGGUGUAUGGAUAGGGUCAAGUAGCUUCACUCAUUGUUGAAAGAGGUGUCAAGUCCAUCGUAUCACCAUAAAGGUGAACUGAGACAUUUUAAGAGGAAAGCAGCUGACUAUGCUCUUCAGAUAUUAAAAGGUAUGGAAAUGAUUGUUCGCAUCUGCUGGUGUCAAUAAUAUGAUGGUUAGAUAAUGGUGUCCCCCACCCUCAGAGGAGGAGAGAGUGUGGUGGGUAGGGGGUGGGGGGAGGGGGGGGGGGAGUUGCUUUGACAAAAGAAAUUGAAAAUUUCUCAUAGUGUCCUGUGACAUAAUGCACAUUGCACCAGUAUUGUGGAAUCAGUAUUUUGUGGGGGUUUUCUCUUUUGCUUUCAGAAAUAUUUUUCCCAUUUUCUAGCUUUUGUAUUGACAAAAAUUUUCAUUGACUGUGGUAACCGGCAGUUUUCAAUUUGUGCUUUUACUUUGUAUAUGAUCAUUAAUAACAUUUUGGAACUUUUUUGCUCAUCGAAUGAUUUCAUGUAAAAGACUUUGAAUUGUCUUCCAACUCAUAAAAGGAAAUUGUGCUGCUAAUGACCUGUGAAACGAACGUUUAAUAAAGUUAAAGUGACUAUUUCUCAGUU